AGGGGGAGGGGCCUAGGGGCGGAGCCUCGCGGACCCCGGGCGGAUGGGGUGAGGACCGUGGCAGGAAUCCUGUUUCGCGGAGGGGAUGCAAUCUUGAAGGCCAGGAACGGCGACUUGGAGGGGCUCCAGAGGCAGGAGAGUACCAUGGGGAAAUGGUGGUGGUACCUGAGCUGUGGUCCUGAGAAGGUCAAAUGUGUACAGAGGCGAUUCCCCCUGGGGUCACUAGGAGGGUGUGAGUGCACCUCUCUCUCCCAACGUCCAUGCAGCUCCCCCACUCCCAGGGGGGUCCUGAGCCCAGGAAUCCUUCAGAGUGUUGGAAAUAAGCAUAUCCCUAGUUGGGGGCCCUACUCUUCAGUCCUCUUAACCUGGAAACAAAGAGACUGAGGAAGGUACCAGUAGCACUGCUCCCCUCCCCCCAUCUCCCAUGCACACUCGUGCACACAGUAUACACACUGCACUAGGGCAGAAGCACAUGGGCAGGGACAGACCUGCAGGUAGAGACCCUUUCAGAUGUGCUUUCAGUGGGACACGUGCACCCUCAGGCCGGCACACGAAGGUACACGUUGCACACCCCCCAAGGACAAGGCUCCUGGAAAGCAGCGUCCCAUCCAGCCCUCUUUCACCAAGUCCCUCUGCCGUGAAUCCCACUGGAAGUGCCUGCUGCUCUCGCUGCUCAUGUACGGCUGUCUGGGGGCCGUGGCCUGGUGCCACGUAACCACGGUGACCCGCCUCACCUUCAGCAGCGCCUACCAGGGCAACAGCCUCAUGUACCACGACAGCCCCUGCUCCAACGGCUAUGUCUACAUCCCCCUGGCCUUCCUGCUCAUGCUGUACGCCGUCUACCUGGUGGAGUGUUGGCAUUGCCAAGCUCGCCAUGAGCUGCAGCACCGUGUUGAUGUGAGCAGCGUGCGGGAGCGUGUGGGCCGCAUGCAGCAGGCCACGCCCUGUAUCUGGUGGAAGGCCAUCAGCUACCACUAUGUCCGCCGCACCCGCCAGGUCACCCGCUACCGCAAUGGAGACGCCUACACCACCACCCAGGUCUACCAUGAGCGCGUCAACACGCACGUGGCGGAGGCCGAGUUCGACUACGCGCGCUGCGGCGUCCGCGACGUGUCCAAGGCGCUGGUGGGGCUGGAGGGCGCGCCGGCCACGCGCCUGCGCUUCACCAAGUGCUUCAGCUUCGCCAGCGUGGAGGCCGAGAACGCCUACCUGUGCCAGCGCGCGCGCUUCUUCGCCGAGAACGAGGGCCUGGACGACUACAUGGAGGCGCGCGAGGGCAUGCACCUCAAGAACGUGGACUUCCGCGAGUUCAUGGUGGCCUUCCCGGACCCGGCCCGGCCGCCGUGGUACGCCUGCUCGUCGGCCUUCUGGGCCGCGGCGCUGCUCACGCUGUCGUGGCCGCUGCGCGUGCUGGCCGAGUACCGCACGGCCUACGCGCACUACCACGUGGAGAAGCUCUUCGGCCUGGAGGGCCCGGGCUCGGCGAGCAGCGCGGGCGGCGGCCUGAGCCCCAGCGACGAGCUGCUGCCCCCGCUUACGCACCGCCUGCCGCGGGUCAACACCGUGGACAGCACGGAGCUC